AUGAAAGACUACUGGGGAGAUGCGACUGGGAUGAACAGCCGCCCUUAUUUAAGCACGGAAGAUUCAGACACUAUCUCGACACGUGUGCGAACGCAGGGUGAGUGUGUCGAAGCUGGCUUGAGCGCUGUUGCCAAAGGGUUUAGUGAGGAAUUGGACGCAAUAGGAAAGGGGCUUCAAACGGAGCUGCUUCGGGAGCAGAGCGAGCGUGCCCAUGCUCAGAACGAGCAAUUACUCAAGCAACCUCAGGCUCAAAGAGAACAACUGUCCAUACAAAACGGUCAUAUCAGUGAGUUAUUAAACUUGCUUCAACGUAGUCGUUAG